GAAUAGUUGAUGCAAACUAUCGUUUCUUGUACGUUAACGUUGGAUGCCAAGGCCGAAUUUCAGAUGGAGGUGUCUUCAAAAAUACUUCGUUUUAUAAUAAACUCGAAAAAAAUGAACUUAAUUUGCCAGAAAAUGAACCACUACCUGGUCGUACGUUAUCACUUCCUUAUAUUUUAGUGGCCGAUGAUGCAUUCCCACUAACUGAACAUAUUAUGAAACCUUACAAGACAGAUUUAAACAAAGGAUCUCCAAAAAGAGUAUACAAUUACAGGUUGUCCAGAGCGCGUCGUAUUAUAGAAAAUACAUUUGGAUUACUUUCUUCUGUGUUUAGAGUUUUUCGCAAGCCGAUAGAAAUAAAAGUUGAAGACACAAUAGUUAAUAUUGUACUGGCUUGUGUUUACCUUCACAAUUUUUUAAGAGUGCAACCCGAUUCUAGACAAUUUUAUUCAACGUCAGGGUGUUUCGAUAGUUAUGAUUCAUGUACAGGGGAAAUUAUUUCUGGAUCGUGGAGAGAAAUCACUUCUGGUGACACUGGUUUGAUGCCACUUCGAUCAAUUCCACGAAGACCAGCGACAACAGCAACAAAUGUCAGGGAAGAAUUUAUGCAAUAUUUCAUGUCCGAAAUCGGAUCAGUUCCCUUUCAGGAUAUAUACAUGUAA